AUGUCUGACCCUCCCACCACCCCAUUGCCACCACCUCCAAUCAUACCUUCCCAACCCCACCACCCUCACCACCACCACCACCACCACCAUCCUCCUCCUCACCUCCCACUCAUCCACCACUCCACCGCCACUCCACCACCCCCUUCUCCAUCUCCCUCCUCCUCCACCUCCUUAGCCAGAGAAUACCGCAAAGGAAACUGGACCAUCCAAGAAACCCUCAUCCUCAUCACAGCCAAGAAACUCGACGACGAGCGCAGACUCAAAACCGCAUCAUCAUCGUCGUCGUCGUCAUCCGCCUCUCCUGCAUGCUCCACCACCCCAACAAGUAGAAGCAGCGGCGAGUUAAGGUGGAAGUGGGUUGAGAACUAUUGCUGGAGCCAUGGGUGUUUGAGGUCUCAGAAUCAAUGCAAUGACAAAUGGGACAACUUGCUCCGUGAUUACAAGAAGGUUCGCGACUAUGAAUCCAAAUCACAAUCACAACAAUCAAACUACGACGACAACAAAGACUUAUUACCUUCUUAUUGGACCCUCAACAAGCAACAGAGGAAAGAACACAACCUCCCUUCUAACAUGGUCUUCGAAGUUUACCAAGCCAUUUGCGAAGUUCUUCAAAGGAAACAAACUCAAACUCAACCUCAAAGAAUAACCGCCGCAACUCCAACAACACCAAUAACAACAAUAACCACCCCACAACAACAAACUCAACCUCAACCUAUCACAAUAGUAACUUCACCACAACCACCGCCUCUUCUUCCACCUCCGCCUCCACCUGCACCGCCACCGCCGCCGCCACCACCACUACCCCCUCCUCCUCCUCCUCCUCCUCCACCGGCGCCACCUCAGGCUCCGACCAGCUCCACCACUCCGGUGGUUUCAGGGAGGUCAGAAUCAUCAUCAGGAACAGAAGAAGAUAGUGAUAAUGAUGAUGAUGGAUCCGAAAGUAAGCGUAGGAAAGUGAAGAACCUUGGUUCAAGCAUAAUGCAUAGUGCUUCAGUGCUAGCAAGGGCAUUAAGGAGUUGUGAGGAGAAGAAGGAGAAGCGCCACCGUGAGAUGAUGGAGCUUGAGCAAAGGCGGAUACAGAUGGAAGAGGCUCGAAACGAGGUUCAACGGCAAGGCAUCGCCACCAUCGUCGCCGCCGUCACCAACCUCUCCGGUGCCAUUCAAUCACUCAUCAAUAACAAUCCUGAACGCCAUGGCCAAAGAUAA